GCGCCACAGACACAAGUCUUGAAGCUCUGUCCUGGGAAAAUAUGGCAAACAGUGCCUCUCCUGAACAGAAUCAAAAUCACUGUUCGGUCAUCAACAACAGCAUCCCACUGAUGCAGGGCAACCUCCCCACUCUGACCUUGUCUGGAAAGAUCCGAGUGACGGUUACUUUCUUCCUUUUUCUACUCUCUGCGACCUUUAAUGCUUCUUUCCUGUUGAAACUUCAGAAGUGGACACAGAAGAAAGAGAAAGGGAAAAAGCUGUCAAGAAUGAAGCUGCUCUUGAAACAUCUGACCUUAGCCAACCUGUUGGAGACUCUGAUUGUCAUGCCACUGGAUGGGAUGUGGAACAUUACAGUCCAAUGGUAUGCUGGAGAGUUCCUCUGCAAAGUUCUCAGUUAUCUAAAGCUUUUCUCCAUGUAUGCCCCAGCUUUCAUGAUGGUGGUGAUCAGCCUGGACCGCUCCCUGGCUAUCACGAGGCCCCUAGCUUUGAAAAGCAGCAGCAAGCUCGGACAGUCCAUGGUUGGCCUGGCCUGGAUCCUCAGUAGUGUCUUUGCAGGACCACAGUUAUACAUCUUCAGGAUGAUUCAUCUAGCAGACAGCUCCGGACAGACAAAAGUUUUCUCUCAAUGUGUAACACACUGCAGUUUUCCACAAUGGUGGCAUCAAGCAUUUUAUAACUUUUUCACCUUCGGCUGCCUCUUCAUCAUCCCUCUUCUCAUCAUGCUGAUCUGCAAUGCAAAAAUCAUCUUCACCCUGACACGGGUCCUUCAUCAGGAUCCCCACAAACUACAACUGAAUCAGUCCAAGAACAAUAUACCAAGAGCACGGCUGAAGACUCUAAAAAUGACAGUUGCAUUUGCCACUUCAUUCACUGUCUGCUGGACUCCCUACUAUGUCCUAGGAAUUUGGUAUUGGUUUGAUCCUGAAAUGUUAAACAGGGUGUCAGACCCAGUAAAUCACUUCUUCUUUCUCUUUGCCUUUUUAAACCCAUGCUUUGAUCCACUUAUCUAUGGAUAUUUUUCUCUGUGAUUGAUAGACUACACAAGAAGUCAUAUGAAGAAGGGUAAGGUCAUGAAUCUCUCCAUCUGGGAAUAUCAACACAAAUGUUAGAGCAUGUUUACAUACAAACAAAGCAGGAUUUACACUUAAGUUGUCAUUCUUUUAGAACCUCCAUUUUCAGAGCCUCAAUUAUUAAGGAAAAAUCUUCAGGAAAAAUGCUAAAAUAUUUUCUUGUCAUCAUCAACUUCUAAAUUAAUCUCUGCCUUUUCUGACCUCAUAUAACACAUUAUGUAGGUUUCUUAUCACUUUCUCUUCACAUAAUAAUGUACAAAUAUUUAAAAUACCUGCAGCCUAAGGCACAAGAAUGCCAAAAAAUCAAAGGCGAGAAACCACAACACAGGUCUAAACUCUGCAUGCUUUGGUGAGUUUUUCUCCAAAAGGGGCAUAUUAGCAAUUAGAGUUUUAUGCUAUAUAGUACAUAGAGCACAGAGCCCCUUGCCCAUAAGAUCAACUUUCCCUCCUGUAGUUAAAACGAAAAAAAAAAAAAAACAAAUGGAUCUGUUUUUCUCUUUGGCUUCAAAAGCAUUCCGACAUUUGGAGGAGUCAGUCACCAACCCCACCAACCACUCCACCAACCUGAUAAGACCAUGAGUAGUUCUCCUUCAUCCUAUUUAUGUGGUACAGGUUGUGAAGUGCCUCUAUAUAAAGGGAAAUUUUAGAGGGGUUAGGAUUUGGACAGGGGUUUAGAACAUUCCUCUCUAGGCUGUAUAGUCUAUGGAGUUUGUGGCAAUUAACUGCCGUAAAAUAACAAUGUUUCCAAAUUCAACUAAGAAAAUACUCAUACUGAGUAUGCUCUAUGCAUAAUACGCCCUCUAUUUUAAUAAUGUGAAGAAUUUUUUGUCUAUCCCCUGAUCUCACUAAAUCCAUAUUUCGUAAAUAACUGAGAAAAAUGAAAACAAAAUUAAGCAAAUGCACAAGCAAAAAGAUGCUUGAUACAUAAAAGGAACUCUGGAGAGAAAACUACAGCUUCAGUCUGUACAGAUCAAAGAAGACAGAGCGUGUUGGGGGAAGGAGGGAAAGAUCUUGAUGCAGGGUUUCUUAACCUGCAGUCUAUGCACAACGCUAUAUUUCCAUGUAAUAUUUUUAUUUCCCUCCUAUUUGUAUUAUUUUGUGCAUUUAAAAAACACAAUCUUAAGG